UUGCAGGUUGCUACUUACAUACCACAGCUAGCUCGCUCAGACCCGAACCACUGGGCUUUAUCAAUCUGUACCGUAGAUGGACAACGUCGCUCGUGGGGCGCUAGCAAAGUACCAUUUUGUAUGCAAAGUGUUUCCAAGCCCUUCACAUACGCCAUUGUUCUGGAUGAACUUGGAGCCGAGGAGGUCUCUUAUUCACAUAUUCACACAUCUGUGAAUGUCAGGCUUUUUCCAGAUAAACCGCAUAAUCCGAUGAUCAACGCGGGUGCAAUUCUGGUGGCCUCAUUGCUGAGGCGUGCCUCAUCGCUUGCCGAUCGUUUUGAUUUCGCACUGCAGAAACUGAAGCGUUUUGCUGCCGGCGGAUAUGUUGGCUUCAACAAUGCCGUCUUUCUAUCCGAACGUGACACCGCUGAUCGUAAUUAUGCUCUCUCCUACUAUAUGCGUGAGCAUAAAUGCUUUCCACCGAAUACCAAUUUGCAGGACAAUUUGGAUCUCUAUUUUCAAUUGUGCGCAAUUGAAACCAACGUGGAUACUCUGGCCGUAAUGGCGGCUACACUCGCAAAUGGUGGAGUAUCACCGCUGAGUGAAGAACGCGUGGUUUGCAAUCGUGCUGUCCGUGAUACUUUAUCGCUGAUGUAUUCAUGCGGAAUGUACGAUUAUUCGGGACAGUUUGCUUUCAAGGUUGGCUUACCGGCAAAAAGCGGUGUUUCGGGUGAUAUGAUUAUCGUUGUGCCGAAUGUUAUGGGUAUUUGCUUGUAUUCACCACCACUUGAUGCCCUUGGUAACACAGUUCGUGGCGUCGCAUUUGCAACGCAGUUCGUUGAAAAAUUCAAUUUUCAUAAUUAUGAUAGUCUUGUUUACUCGGAGACGGACAAAAUUGACCCACGGAAAAACAUCCGAGAAGUGAAGUACGAAAACAUAUCCAACAUGAUGUAUGCUGCAAGAAGUGGUGAUAUCUCAUCAAUCCAACGAUAUCUUUUGCUCGGUGCAAGUAUCGCUGAACGAGAUUAUGACGAUCGAACAGUGCUUCAUGUUGCGGCCGCACAUGGCAAUGAAAGUGUUCUGAAAUUCUUGCUUGAGCGAUGGCAAGAAAGUCCUGACCCAGAAGAUCGAUACGGGCGAAAACCAAUUGAUGAUGCCAAUGCGUUCGGACACGAAAGGUGUGCCGAAAUUCUGAAUAAGGCUUUGGAAAAGUACGAACACGAGCAUAAUGAAGCGAGAAAUGCGGAUGCUAUGCAGGCUUAA